AAUUCUGAUUGCAGAUCUCUACUCCUGCUCCCCUGUGGCGCUGCAGGGUGACGCAUGACGCAAUGGAGGCGCGGCGAUCUUCCCCAAUAAAUUCUCAGCCAGCAGCCCUCACAGCUUCAGACAGGGCGCGAUCAGAGCUUUCCCUUCACUCCUUGGAUUUAAAACUACCCUCACACUGACAAGGCACCGCCGAAAACCUGGUGCAACUUGCUGCAGUUAUGAUUAAGAAAAUGUCCUCAUCCGAGAAUGACUUCGACAUUCCGGCCAAGAACUGCCACAGGAUGGUGAUUCUUGGCUCCACCAAAGUUGGGAAGACGGCCAUCAUCUCUCGGUUCCUCAACGAGAGGUUUGAUGACCAGUACACACCCACUAUUGAAGACUUUCAUAGAAAGUUCUACAGCAUCAGAGGAGAUGUUUACCAGCUGGACAUCCUUGAUACAUCUGGAAACCACCCGUUCCCUGCAAUGAGGAGACUUUCAAUCCUCACUGGUGAUGUUUUCAUCCUGGUGUUCAGUCUGGACAACAGAGACUCCUUCCAAGAAGUGCAGCGGCUGAAACGCCAAAUCCAUGAAACCAAGUCCUGCCUACGCAACAAAACUAAGGAGAAAGUGGACGUUCCGCUCGUCAUCUGCGGCAACAAGUGCGACCGGGACUUUUACAGGGAGGUGCAGGACGAAGAGAUAGAGAAGCUGGUCGGAGAAGAGCACUGUGCGUACUUUGAGAUCUCUGCAAAAAAGAACACCAAUGUCGAUCAGAUGUUUCAGACUCUCUUUACCAUGGCCAAGCUGCCCAACGAGAUGAGUCCCGACCGACACUGCAAGGUUUCCGUGCAGUACUACGACGUUUUGCACAGAAAGUCCUUCAGGAACAGGAGAUGCAAGGAUGGGAACGCGUACGGGAUAGUGGCACCAUGUGCGCGCAGGCCGAGUGUGCACAGUGACUUAAUGUACAUCAAAGAGAAAGCGAUAGGUGGCAGUCAGGCCAAAGAAAAAGGCUGCGUUAUUUGCUGACACCAUCUUUGCAAAAGGGACUACCCAGAGCUGUUGCAGCCUACAAAUCAGCCGGCCUGCAGAAAACGAGACCAAAAAGAAAUGGAACCAAAUAGGGGCCGAAACGCGCUGCAGUAGAUGCUCUGAAAAUGCUGUAAAUGUGAUUCUACAUUGUCUCUUCAAGAGCAGCAUUAAAAGGAAGAAAUGUUUACAUUUUGCCAUCAUUCUCAGUUAGAAUGGCACUUUGAAUGUUUGUGUUGCAGAAUGAACAAAAUGAAUGUGUAUUUAUCAUGUCCUCAUUGAGAUUUUGCAUAAAGAAAAAAA